AUGAAAGCUGGCAUUCAAGGCCUUCAUGACAUAAUCACCUCCCAUGUCUCCAGCUUUAUCUCCCACAAAGAUAAAGACCUGCUGGCAGGCUGCUUCCGCCCGCCCCAUCAGCGCGCACGCGGCUACCGAGCUGGAGGAGGCGGCGGGCGUGAGACCGGGAAUGCGCAGGGCCCCCGUCUCGCCCCCCAAGCCCGGGCCGCGGCCCCCGCCUUCCCCGCAGCCGUCCGGCACUCGGUGCCCGACCCCCGAGGCCGGCGGCUGCUCCCACCCGGGGCCGUUGCUACUUGUGCCGUGAGCGCCGCCCCGCCAUUUUCCACGUCGCUCCGUCAGCUGCGCCAGGCGGCGCACCAGGAAGCGAGGGUAGCAUGGGGAGCCUCCGCUGAUGCCGCCGCUGCCGCGCCGCCCUCCGAGGCUGCGUCCCGGGAAGCCCGGCUCCCCAAUCGCUUCGGCCUGGCCCGGUGCCCCGGACCUGAGUGCGUCCCCAUGGAGGCGCCCGGGCUGGCCCAGGCGGCCGCGGCGGAGAGCGACCCCCGCAAGGUGGCGGAGGAGACCCCCGACGGGGCGCCCGCGCUCUGCCCCAGCCCCGAGGCGCGGUCGCCGGAGCCGCCUGCCUACCGCCUGCGGGACUUUGACACGCUGGGCACCGUGGGCACUGGGACGUUCGGGCGGGUGCACCUGGUGAAGGAGAAGACAGCCAAGCAUUUCUUCGCUCUCAAGGUGAUGAGCAUUCCCGAUGUCAUCCGCCUGAAGCAGGAGCAGCACGUGCACAAUGAGAAGUCUGUCCUGAAGGAAGUCAGUCACCCGUUCCUCAUCAGGCUGUUCUGGACGUGGCAUGACUAGCGCUUCCUCUACACGCUCCUGGAGUACGUGCCGGGCGGGGAGCUCUUCAGCUACCUGCGAAACCGGGGGCGCUUCUCCAGCACCACGGGGCUCUUCUACUCUGCGGAGAUCAUCUGUGCCAUUGAGUACCUGCACUCCAAGGAGAUCGUCUACAGAGACUUGAAGCCAGAGAACAUCCUGCUGGAUAGGGAUGGCCACAUCAAGCUCACGGACUUUGGGUUCGCCAAGAAGCUGGUAGACAGGACUUGGAGCCUCUGUGGAACACCCGAGUACCUGGCCCCGGAAGUCAUUCAGAGCAAAGGCCACGGCAGGGCUGUGGACUGGUGGGCCCUCGGCAUCCUGAUAUUCGAGAUGCUGUCGGGGUUUCCUCCGUUUUUUGAUGACAACCCGUUUGGCAUUUAUCAGAAAAUUCUUGCAGGCAAAAUAGAUUUCCCCAGACAUUUGGAUUUCCAUGUAAAAGACCUCAUUAAGAAGCUGCUCGUGGCUGACAGAACAAGGCGAUUAGGAAACAUGAAGAACGGGGCAAAUGAUGUGAAACGCCAUUGGUGGUUCCACUCUGUGGACUGGGAAGCUGUUCCGCAGAGAAAACUGAAGCCUCCCAUCGUGCCCAAGAUAGCUGGCUUUUUCUUCUGUGUAAAACCUGCUGGCCGGGCGCGGUGGCUCAAGCCUGUAGUCCUACGGAGUCAAUUGGGGGUUCUGAGGACACAGGAUCACUGUCAUUCCCUCAGUGGUGCCAGAAAGCAAGCUUCAGAUGUCACCACUGUCGUAGUGGGCACUGACAUGGACAGCAUCGACCAAGGCCGGGAGAUGUUUCCUAACUGGCUCUACAAUGAGGAAAGGCUUCUAAAUAUUUUGUCCCUAUGCCUGCGCCAGACCCAACCACGAGAUCUUAUCAGGAAGUCUGCCACUGUUGCGGUGUCAAUCUUCCAGCGUGAUGUGAACCUUGGGGACCUGCUGGAAACUGUGUCUCCCCUGGGUCUGUCCCGUGAUAUUGGCACAGGAAUAGUGGCUGGGAGUGGGAUUGGUGAGAGGGAAAAGCCUCUUUGCCAUUUGCAGUCUCUUGAGUGGCCUGUGAGAAAAAUAUUUCCUUCGCUGUGGGAUUCAGCAACUGCACACCAGAAUGAAAAGUGGCGGAAGCCCCAAAACUCUUCAUUGAAUGGGAACAAGGAGUCCCCAGGUCCCAUGAAAAUUAUUCUGCAGGAGAAGGAGUUGGGAGCCCCUUUUCCUCUACUUUCCUUCCAUGUGGACCCCCUAGAGUCAGAGAAAGACAGAACUGUUCUGGAGCUGACUCUCACAGCAGCUUGCAGUCAGACAGGGGACAUCUGUAAAUUUGUGCUGGGCCACAAUCCCUUACCAAGAACUGUCAAAACAACUGCCAUGGAUACAGCCUUUAAAAUUUGGCACUAG